CUCUUCUUUCUUUUCGGUUCAUCGGUCGGAGCAGGGUUUCAAUUGUACCGCUUUCCCCUGUGUCUGGAUUUCCGGGCAGGAAAUCAUGGCGCGUCUCGGCCGCGUUGGGUUUCUGACCCUCGCGGUGGUAUUCCACCUAAUAUACUGCUAUUCGAUCUUUGACAUCUACUUUGUCAGUCCGAUUGUCUCUGGAAUGAGGCCUUUUGGGGUCGAGCGAGAACCCGAACUUGAUGCACCAGCUAAACGUCUGUUCCUAUUCGUUGCGGAUGGUCUACGUGCCGACAGGGCCUUUGAAGCAUUGCCUGACCCAUCUCCGGAAGAGCCAGCAGAGCUGGAGAAUGAUGAUCUGAUUCAUCUAGCGCCAUUUAUCCGAUCUCGCGUCCUUUCCCACGGAACCUUUGGCAUCUCCCACACACGAGUCCCUACCGAAUCGAGACCGGGUCAUGUUGCGCUCAUUGCGGGAUUAUAUGAAGAUGUGUCGGCAGUCACAACUGGUUGGAAGCUGAACCCGGUGAAUUUCGAUAGUGUAUUCAAUCGAAGUCGGCAUACAUGGAGCUGGGGAAGUCCGGAUAUUUUGGCCAUGUUCAAAGAAGGCGCGGAGCCUGGGAGGGUUGACGUUGAUAUGUACCCAGAGGAGUUCGAAGACUUCACUACGGAUGCAACGCACCUUGAUACCUGGGUGUUCGACAAGGUUAAAGAGCUCUUCCAAUCUGCUAAGACAGACCCGGAGCUGAAUGCGAAGUUGCGCGACGACAAGCUAAUUUUCUUCCUGCAUCUGCUGGGUCUCGACACCACCGGACACGCCUAUCGCCCUUAUUCCAAGGAGUACCUGCAUAAUAUCAAGGUGGUGGAUCAGGGAGUCAAGGAAAUCACAAAACUUGUCGAGGAAUUCUAUGAGGAUGACAAGACGGCCUUCAUCUUCACUGCGGACCAUGGUAUGAGCGACUGGGGCAGCCAUGGCGAUGGCCAUCCGGACAAUACCAGAACUCCUCUCGUCGCUUGGGGAUCUGGUGUGCCUGGCCCGAAAUACGCAGAGGAGGAUUCUCCAUCUGGACAUGAGGACGGGUUUUCGUCGGGUUGGGGUCUUGGAAACAUUCGACGCCACGACGUCGCACAAGCAGACGUGGCUGCCUUGAUGACCUAUCUAGUCGGACUUGACUUCCCUGUCAACUCCGUGGGCCAAUUGCCGCUAGAAUACAUUGAAGGCAGCCCGAAGGAGAAGUCCCUGGCCGCGUUUGCAAACACGCAAGCGGUUUUGGAGAUGUAUCGUGUCAAGGAGGAGCAGAAAAAAGCAGUGUUACUUCGGUAUAAGCCGUAUGAGCCUCUUGCAGAUCACGGUGAAACAUCUCUAGCAGAGCAUCUAGCUGAGAUAGAGGCUUUGAUUGGCAAGGAAGCAUAUGAAAAGUCAAUUAGAAUGUCUUCCGAACUACUGGUUACUGCCCUGGAGGGUUUGCGCUAUUUGCAGACAUACGACUGGCUCUUCUUGAGAACGAUCGUUACUCUGGGAUACUUGGGCUGGAUCGCAUAUGCGUUGACAACUGUGAUUGACUUGCACGUCUUGCAUGGAACCUCAAGCUCGAAUCGGUCAAUGUCUAGUACCAUUUUCUUCUCCUCUGCCCUGGUUGCUCUUUUCUCCGUUCUGAUGUAUCAGCAAUCUUCAUGGAGAUAUUAUUUCUAUGGGUUCUUCCCAAUUUUCUUCUGGGAAGAAGUGUUUGCGCGCAGGAAAGCGCUGAUUGCUGGCCGCGAGAUUCUCCUCAGCCAUGUUCAUUCUUUCGGUGGAUAUAUGAAACUUGGUGUUCAAGUGUUGGCGUUUGUUGGCGUGUUAGAGGCACUUGUUCAAUCCUAUUUCUACCGAGAAAUCUUCACUGUAUGCUUUAUUCUGGGCGCCUUGUGGCCUCUCGUGUAUGGCAUUAGCUUCAUUACCAGGCACCCCCUUCUGUCCGCAUCGUGGACCAUUGGUUGCUGCUUGAUGAGCACUUUUACACUGCUUCCUGUUGUGAAGGUGGAGAAUGUUACUACGAUAACCUAUGGCGCUUUGCUCAUGGUGUUUACCGGCAUUCUAUACUUGCUUUUCGAGGACGGUAUUUUGAAGAAGACUGCUUCUUCGGAACAAUCUUCACUUAGCUUUAGCAGUUGUGGCUCGCGGGUUGUUAUGGGUGCGCAGAUUGGGAUGUCUCUACUUGCCCUGAUUGUCACCAGAUCCAGCGUGGCAUCUCUCCAGGCCAAGCAAGGCCUCCCCCUUGGCAAUCAAGUAGUUGGGUGGUCGGUUCUUGUUGUUUCGCUUCUGCUGCCAUUCCUCCACCGGCUGUAUCCAAACAGCCAUUACAUGCAUCGUCUGAUGGUGCUCUUUCUCACUUUCUCGCCGACAUUUAUCAUUCUCACUAUCUCCUACGAGGGUCUUUUCUACUUUGUCUUCUGCAUGACCCUCAUAACUUGGGUCCGGCUGGAACAUGCCAUGUAUGUGCAUACUGCAGCACCCGUCUCCACUGAGCAUAAUCAGAAUAAGAGCAACGGGUCUGCCAUUCCAAAGAAGCCAAGCAUGGAAUCCACAGCGACGGUGGACGGAGAGACAUACCGCUACCGUACACUGAGUAUUUCCGACGCCCGUGUGGCACUUUUUUUCUUCUUCCUCCUCCAAUCCGCCUUCUUUAGUACUGGAAAUAUCUCUUCGAUCUCAUCCUUUUCACUGGACAGUGUUUACCGACUUAUUCCCGUGUUCGCUCCGUUCAGCCAAGGAGCAUUAUUGAUUCUCAAGAUUUUGAUCCCGUUUGCCAUAAUCAGCGCAAACCUGGGUAUCCUGAACCGCCGGCUAGAGGUGGCGCCUAGUGCCCUUUUCAUGGUGGUUAUGUCCAUUUCGGAUGUGAUGACACUCAACUUCUUUUACAUGGUCCGGGAUGAAGGGUCCUGGCUUGACAUUGGCACGACGAUCAGCCACUUCUGCAUAGCGAGCUUCCUAUGCACAUUUGUGGCGGGACUGGAGUUCCUUAGCGAGGUGUUUAUUAGCGGCGUGGACUUUGGGCCCACGGCGACAGCGACCGGAACGGCUGUCACGCAAGCCGUCAAUGGAUCUGUGGAGGGGUGUCAGCCCGGGGACAAGACUGGGGCUGGGGAUCAGCCGAAUGGAACGGCGCGGUCUGAAAAGACGGGCAGCGAUGGAGCUGCCACCGAGCGCGAUGGUUAACCGGGAUGACAGCAUCGCGAUGUAUUGUGAUAAUAGAUUGUUUAAUACUACCCAUGUUGAUAAACCCAUUUCCUAGCAUUGCUCG